AUGUUCAGAAGUUAUCCAGAAUAUUUCGAAUCUAAUAUUAAUUUUUAAUAUUGCAACCAUAUUGGAGUAGAUUAAAUGACAAUAAAUUAUAUUUUUUAAAUUCAAGAACCUUGUGAACAAUUAAUUAUUCCUAUUAAUUAAUUGAAAUUAUGGAAUAUCUUAAAGCAAAAAAUCUAUUCUUUAAAGUAAAUUAAUAUGAGUCUCUUUUCAGUUUAUCCAUAUCUCUUAAAAUUAAAUUAUUUAAUAAGCAUAGUUAAUUAUGAUACAGUAGAAAUCAAAGAUAUGACAUUAACUUUAUCUGAUGUUUUUAUUUUGGAAAAUACUAACAAUAAAGUUGAUAUAACAUUAAAAAAUCUAAUUUUUAUUCAAACAAACUUUUCUCAUAAAACUAUUAUUCAAACUUAAGUGCACGGAAAUAUCCUCUUUUAUGAUGUUAGGAUUAUUGAUUCCAACUUUAUUAAUUCAACCUUUUUUCAGUUUUAAAAACAAUCAAUUUCAAUAUCAAUAACAAUCAAAAAUUAACUCUCUAGAGAAUUCAAUUUUAUUCUAAAUAAAUAACAUUUAUACCAAUAUAACUAUUCAAAAUAUUCUUAUUGA